AUGGCCGCCAAGCGGCUGAAUCUGAAGGAAGACCCACCCGCUCCCUCUUCUUCGGAGGAAGAUGAUGAAAAUUCCUCCGCCCAUGAAGCCUCUUCUGACGAAGAACUGCCGCCGCAGGGAAGGAAAACGUUGGCUCCCCAGUCACAAGGCCAACCAAAGAAGCCAGCUGUUCAGAGCUCCGAUUCCGAGUCCGGGGACGACUCCGACACGGAUUCCGACUCUGAUCCGCCCCCGAAAAGCUCUGGGAUUCUGCACAACGUGAAGCCCAUCGCUUCCAAGCCCCAGCCUAAAGCGCAAGCGAAUGCGGCUCCUGCCUCUUCCUCAAAAUCUACGGCGGCGACAAAGAGGGCCAGUGAAACUGAUAGGCAAGCGAAGGACGUCAAGAGGCAGAAAGAGGUGGCGGAACGCGACAAGGACGACGACGGUAAGAACGAAGAUGUCCCGAGAGUGCCCUUUCAGCGGCUCUGGGGUGAGAACGAUGAGAUCGCAGUGUUGAGUGGGCUGAUCGAGUUCGCUGAGAAGAAAGGAGCCGAUCCCUUGAAGGACAUGGCAGCUUUCUAUGAUUUCAUCAACAAGUCUCUGGCUGUGGAUGUGUCGCUGGCUCAAUUGAAGGAGAAAGUUGCCAGAUUUAGGAAGAAAUUUAAGAACCACGCAAAUGGGAAGAAUGGUUUGGACAAGAGUUUUAGCAAAGCUCAUGACCAGAAAUCUUUCGACUUGUCGAAGAAGAUCUGGGACAGCCAGGGAGAAGGACUUUUAGGUCGAAUCGCAGAUGGUAAGUCGAAUGGAAAAGCGAAGAAGAGCGGUGGCACUAAUGGUGGAAGUAGCAGUAAAAGUGCUUCCAAGGCUGCUGAUUUGGUUGCAGCGAAAGAACAAGCAAAUGCAAAGAGAACCGGUGGUGGUAGUAGCAGUGGAAAUGCCAAUAGGAAUGCUUCAAAUGCUGCUUUGGGAGCAGGGAAUGGAGGAGCAGAGGCGAUGAAAAUCAAUGGGGCCAAUGAUCAGAAAGAUGGAUUGAGAUUGGAUUGGAGCCCAACUGGUGCUGAAGUUGAGAGCUUUGUGGUGAAGAAUGAAUUGGACAUGGUGGAAGGAUCGAAAAGAAACGAGCUUGCUAGAAGAUGGAAGGAGCACGAUAUUGCAGCUUUGGAGCUCUUUGUUCAGAGGAAUGAAUUGAUCAUUGAGAAGGCUCAGUUGAUCCUGGACAGCACCGAAAGCUGA